GAUCGUUCCUCCACAGCGCUCCAGGAUUUAAAAACAAAUCCAAUCGAUCCAAGCCAGGGAUCAUCUAUACUAGUUUGGGAGACUUCCGAGCUUUUGGGAUCGUCAGCCCAAGAACAGGAAUGGCGAAGGUGGUGGUGCUUCUGGUGGUGUUUGCGGCGCUGCCCAUGGUGGAAAUGGGGAAUGGCUACUGCUUCUUGGCGGAUAUACAGCCUUGCAUUCCCGCGAUCAAGGCCACAGGGCCCAGGCAGGCUCCCACCGCUGCUUGCUGCGACUCCAUCUCCAAAACCUCCCAAGUUUGCCUCUGCCAGGCCGUGUCAGGGCCCGAGACGCCCAGGGCCGGCCUCUCAGUUGGAAAGGCGCUCGUCCUGCCCCUUGAGUGUGGGAUCAACGUUCCCUCUGGAACUACUUGUGCAAAGUUUUUCUUGGUUGUUUUCGAUCUAGUCUUUGCUUGAACAGGUCGUCCAGUUCCAAACUAAGGCACUGGGGUUUUGGAAGAGGUGUUUGUCGAUGUCAUUCUAAAUCAUUUUCCACUCUCCUCCCUAGAUCUUGUUCGUGGCUUUUUCCCUAUCUUAAACUCGCAACGAGGCCUCAUGAUCGUGAGGAAGAACUUUUGGUUGUU